AUGAUUGCCACUUCACCCAGUAGCCAGUUUGCUGUAGGCGACGAGCACAAACGCACAGAACCGAUUCCUAUAUCUUCGCACUACGAAGAAGACGACACUGCUACGACCACAACGGCGGGAGCAACGCUGAGCAUGGUUGCUGAUACGGUUGAAGAUAACAAUGCUACAACACCUUGUUUCUCAGCCACACCCUCAUCAUCGCCAUCAACGACAACCACAUCGCCGUCGAUAGCAGCUUUUGAAAAGCAAAUGAUGGAUACAACAAACGCUCAAGUAUCUCGAUAUCAAAACACAUAUUUUAUGGACGGUGGCAACAGAUUCAUCUCGUUACCGACGCUUGGCAAUACAAACACCAAAGCCGCGUCUCACAUUUCUCGCCUUUUUGAAGAAUGGUUAGAAAACAAAAUCUAUCGUCACCCUUCGUCGAACUACGGAUACGAUCAGCAUUUGCCCAUUCUCGAGGACAGCGUCGAACUGCUAGCAGAAGAUGUCUUAAACAAGCUGAAAUCCAGACCACAGACCAUGACAGGCAUGUCCAAAGUUUUGGUCAAGGUCAGAACAGGUCAUGUGUACACGUAUCAUCAGCUGCAGGACGGCCAGCCUUUGAUUACUGAAGAUAUGGAAGAUUUUUUUCAGCAGUUUCCUCUUUUUGUUGAAAUCAUGAUUUACACGAUGGGUGGUGAUUGCUGUACCACUACUAUGAACGACGAUUCAGCAGCAACGACAACAACUGAGCUUUUGCUUGCUGUCGAAAAUGCAACCAUCAACCCCGAGAAUCCGUAUCGCAUUAUGGACGAAAUCUAA